UCACCGCCCUCCGUUUCCGGUUCCGGGUAGUUGCGCGGCGGCGAGGCAGGUGUCCGGCCCGGUCCGCCGCCGGCCCCGUUCCGCCAUGCCAUGUCCGCGCUGAACUGGAAACCCUUCGUGUACGGCGGGCUCGCCUCCAUCGUGGCCGAGUUCGGCACCUUCCCCGUGGACCUCACCAAGACGCGCCUGCAGGUGCAGGGCCAGAGCGCCGAUGCCCGGUUCCGCGAGGUCCGGUACCGCGGCAUGUUCCACGCCCUCUUCCGUAUCUGCCGUGAGGAGGGCGGCCGCGCUCUCUACUCGGGGAUCGCCCCUGCGCUGCUGAGACAGGCGUCUUACGGCACCAUAAAGAUCGGCAUUUACCAGAGUUUGAAGCGUCUGUUUGUAGAUCGCAUGGAAGAUGAAACGUUGCUAAUCAAUGUAAUCUGCGGAGUGGUUUCAGGAGUGAUCUCCUCUGCAAUUGCCAAUCCGACAGAUGUGCUGAAGAUUCGAAUGCAGGCUCAAGGCAGUUUAUUCCAGGGUGGCAUGAUUGGCAGCUUCAUCGACAUCUACCAGCAGGAGGGUACCAGAGGCCUCUGGAGGGGUGUUGUGCCGACAGCUCAGAGAGCCGCCAUCGUGGUUGGGGUGGAACUGCCGGUCUACGACAUCACCAAGAAGCAUUUAAUUCUGUCAGGCCUGAUGGGUGACACCAUCUUUGCCCACUUUGUUUCCAGCUUUACAUGUGGGCUGGCUGGGGCCAUUGCCUCCAACCCUGUGGAUGUGGUGCGGACACGGAUGAUGAACCAGCGGGCAAUAGUGGGCAGCACGGAGCUCUAUAAGGGCACUCUGGAUGGCCUUGUGAAGACAUGGAAGAGUGAGGGCUUCUUUGCACUCUAUAAAGGUUUCUGGCCCAAUUGGCUUCGGCUCGGUCCCUGGAACAUCAUCUUUUUUAUCACAUACGAGCAGUUGAAGCGACUUCCAUUCUGACAGCUGGCUUCAUUUCACGAGAGUCAUCUUCAAGACUUGCAGCAGAGAGCUUUGCUGCAGCCUUCCUCUUCAUUUCGCCAUCUCCAUGUUUUGAUGUUUUGGUACAUGUGGGUGUGGGCUCUCCCCCUCCCCCAAAUGCUGCAUGGUCCCUGGAGCAUGAUCUGGCUGAAGUGUAACUGGGAGGCUGACAGCAGGUGCUGCAUGUUUUUUCACACGGAGGCAAGUAUUAAUGGUGUAUAAGUGUCUGGGCCUGAAGCAAUAUCUUCUGUGAAGAUCUGUGCAUUCCAGUGGCCUUUUGGUGCAGCUGUGGUUUGUUGUUUGGCUUGUUCUUGUGCAUUAUUCUGCCAUGCCUGCGGGGUGAGGCUGGAGGCUGGGAAGGGGUGCUGUCAUGUUUUCUUGCAGAACUGUAACCUCAUUAAAUUAUUUAUUGACUGGA